GCCCAACCCAACAUUUAUUUGUUAUUUUAUUUAAUGUUCCGAAAAUGAAUUAAAUUUCGUUCCCGCGAAUGUUCCCUCUCAUUGAUGGCGCCCAAACUCUACCAUCAAAUAUAGUUCUUCUUCUUCCCUCCUUUUUCCUUCUCUCCCAAACCUAAAUCAAAUCCCUAAUCCCUAAUCUCUUUCUUCUUCAUUAUUCGUCUUCUUCCUUUCUCAAUGGCCAUGGAUGUUCGAAGCUCUAACUCUCUCUUCACUCACAUUGCCUCCAGAGAACUCUUCCGAGUUCGUAAACGACCGCGUAUGGACGGAUUCGUUUCCGCCUUCGACGAAACCGGAUACGUCGCCGUACACCACAACGCCGAAGACACCAUUCCCCUCUCUCUUUCCUUCGGCAAGACUACCAAAUUUGCACACAUUCUUGCAGUGUCUGAUGAAGACGGUUAUGUUAGCUUGUUUGAUACUCGUCGCAAAUGUCCUGUUACCUCAAACUUUGAAGAAAAUACAGAAGACAAGAUCUGCGAUUGGGUUUCGCAUCAGAAUGCUGUUUUUGAUAUUUGUUGGAUUAAGGAGGAUAUGCAGAUUCUCACUGCUUCCGGUGAUCAAACAAUAAAAUUAUGGGAUGUUCAAGAACGGAAAUGUCUUGGAGUGUUGAUGGGGCAUACGGGAAGUGUGAAAUCCUUGUGUCCCCAUCCAACCAAUGCAGAUAUUAUUGUCUCUGGUUCUAGAGAUGGUUCCUUUCGUAUUUGGGACUUGAGAUGCAAGUCCACUAGACGGGGAGAAGUUAGCAUAUGUUCAAUGGAUGGUGUCAAUGGAGCACAUGUUUCAUCCCAAGCACGACGAACUAGAAGGGGAAAGGCCGCCUCCAUGAGCAUUACGUCUGUUCUUUAUCUCAAGGACCAGGUUUCCCUAGCAACGGCUGGUGCAGUGGAUAGCGUGUUGAAGUUUUGGGAUACCAGAAAUUUAAAAAAUUGUGUUACUCAGACGUGUCCAUGUCCUCAGUCAACUGAAAAGCAAAGUUUGCACGGAAUAUCUAGUUUGUCCCAAGAUGAAAGUGGACUUUUUCUUUCGGCCUCUUGCAUGGAUAACCGAAUUUAUUUAUACAACACUUUACAACUUGAAAAAGGGCCUUUAAAAUCUUUUUCCGGAUGCCGAAUUGAAUCAUUUUUUGUAAAGUCUGCAAUUAGUCCUGAUGCAUCAAAUAUUAUCAGUGGUUCUAGUGAUGAUGGAAAUGUUUAUGUUUGGAAGGUUGACAAGCCUAUGGAAGAUCCUACCAUUUUGAAAACCCACGAUGGUGAAGUUACAGCAGUUAACUGGUGUAGCUCCGAAAUUGGCAAAUUCGCAACUUGUUCUGAUGACUUUACAGUUCGGAUAUGGAAUAAAAACAGUUACGUCUCUAGAACACAAUGUGCAUCUGCGGUUCGAAGAAGAGUAAUGGCAAUUCCUAGUACAGAGUGCAAAAUCCUUUUAAAUAAUGGCAAAAGGUACUCUAAAACAGAAGAAGAUGCUUUUUCACCCGAUCAUAAGCUACAUCCAAUUUCCUCACCCACUCCAAUCACACCACCCAAAGUGAACAUAUCUGAAGGCCACACGAACCAACUUUCCUCCUCAGGAUUUGAUCCUAAUGCAGCUUCUCAAAAAACCCCUGAAUCUGCUUUGAAGAGCCCCUCAUCUGUAUUGAACCCUCCAUCCUCCUUAAAAAGAACUAUCAGAGACUACUUUUCAGCAUCUCCAAGAACCUUGUAGGCUUGUUAAACAACAGAAUUCUGUGAUCAAGUAAAAGGCUUUUGCACAUAUUGUUUGCAUGGGUGGCUUGGAAUCUCUUAAGCCAUGAUUUUGGGUAAGCUUCAUUUUCUGUGGUUGCAUACAUCCCGUUAUUUGCAGAUGUAGACAUGAUCUAAGGAAUAUGUUAUUGUCUCCAUAGGUUGUUUGAAAUGUAAAGUGCAUCAAAGGAUUCGUUAUAGCAACCACAUUUGUUUUAUACCCCAAAUUCAGAUCAAGCUGGGAAGGGAGGGCAAAAGGAUGAAAACAUGAAAAGCUGGACAAAUGUCUGCUUAUUUGCUGAGAGAUAAUUGAACAAAUGGAGUGUGUUUGUAUUAUACUUGAUUUACAUAUGAAACCUGACUAUCAUGUUUUACCCAA